GCUCCCUCUUAAACUCAAAACCCUAGCAGACACAGAAUAGAACAACCGAGAGAGAGAGAGAGAGAGAGAGAGGAAAAAUGGUGUCAGGGUCAGGUAUCUGCGCGAAGAGGGUGGUGGUGGAUGCUCGCCACCACAUGUUGGGAAGACUCGCCUCCAUCGUGGCGAAGGAGCUUCUGAACGGACAGAAGGUGGUGGUGGUGAGGUGCGAGGAGAUUUGCAUCUCCGGCGGCCUCGUGAGGCAGAAGAUGAAGUACAUGCGCUUCCUCCGUAAACGCAUGAACACCAAACCCUCUCAUGGUCCCAUUCACUUCCGCGCCCCCUCUAAGAUCUUCUGGCGCACCGUUCGUGGAAUGAUCCCGCAUAAGACAAAGCGUGGGGAAGCUGCUCUUGAUCGGUUGAAGGUUUAUGAGGGUAUUCCUCCUCCUUAUGACAAGACAAAGAGAAUGGUUGUCCCUGAUGCUCUCAAGGUUUUGAGGCUUCAGAAGGGACACAAAUUCUGUCUUCUAGGCAAAUUGUCGUCUGAGGUUGGAUGGAACUACUACGAUACUAUCAGGGAACUGGAAAAGAAGAGGAAGGAAAGAGCACAGCUCUCUUAUGAGAGGAAGAAGCAGCUUUCCAAAUUAAGGGUGAAAGCUGAGAAAAUUGCAGAUGAGAAGCUUGGUUCUCAAAUUCAAAUCCUUGCCCCUGUUAAGUACUAAGUAGUAUAUCUAUUAGUGUUUUAAAAUUUUGUUUCGAGGUGUAUACCGAACUGAACUCCAUUUCAGUUUUGCUAUUCGGCUUGGACUCUAGAUAUGAUAAUCUUGGAAGUUGUUUUAAUUUGCUUGGUCUAGUAUCAUUGUGUUGUCCUAUUAAGUUAUUUCAUAUUGUUUUUGGGUUGCCCCUGUGGCGUGAUA